AUGAUAAACAUAUGCAGCUGGGCCCUUUCCUGUCAACUUCUCUUAUUAGUGCUAUUCAUCACAGCUUCCACCGCAGAUACCUUGUCCCCGCCUGUCAAUGUUACCAUCAAAGCGGUGAAAGCUAACUCUGCUCUGGUAACAUGGGACAUCCCAGAGGGAGACCCUGUCAUUGGCUUUGCCAUCACACAGCAGAAAAAAGACGUGCGUAUGCUCCGAUUCAUCCAGGAAGUCAACACCACCACACACUCCUGUGCAUUAUGGGACUUAGAGGAGGAAACAGACUACAUUGUUCAUGUCCAAUCCAUCAGCAUGUUUGGAACCAGCCCGCAAAGCGAACCUUUACGCUUCCGAACACCAAAGGAGGCAGAGACUCAGGCUUCUAAGAAUAAAGACGAAGUAACGAUGGAGGAAGUGGGCCAGACCAACCAGCUGAGAGCAGGGGAGCUCAUCAUCAUUGUGGUGGUGCUUAUCAUGUGGGCAGGUGUGAUAGCCCUUUUCUGUCGCCAGUAUGACAUCAUCAAAGACAAUGAGCCCAACAACAACAAGGAUAAAGCCAAAAAUUCAUCAGAGUGCAGCACUCCUGAACAUCCAACAGGGGGGCUGUUGCGCAGUAAGGUAUAA